GUGUUAUUGAUGUCAAGCUGAUGGAUAGGCCAUUGAAAAGCGAUUGCCACGGCAAGAAAUAGUCUAAAAGUGACAAUCUUGGCAACAGGAGAAAAAAUGUCUUGAUAAUCAAUCCCAGGGAGUUGGGUAAGAACCCAUGUGUGAUUGAGCUCCAAUGCUUUUAAUUCUGCCUCCACUGCAUUCACCCAAUUGAUUUCAGUUUUAGCCAGCUGAUACUUCAACUAGCAUGGAUGACUUUGACUUAGAACUGGAUGAGAUGGAAUUAGUAGCAGCAGCUGCAGGCUACUACUAUUAUAACAGCAUAAACAGGCAGCCUCGUUGCAGUUCCUCACCCAGUGGAAGUGGCUUCAUGACUGAAGUGCUGGAAGGCCAUGAUGAUUUAUGUCGGGAAAUGUUUCGGAUGGAUAAACGUGUUUUUCACAAGUUAUGUAACAAUCUUCGGCAGAGAGGCAUGUUACGUGAUACUGCUGGUGUUAUGAUAGAGGAACAGUUGGCAAUUUUCUUAAACAUCAUUGGUCAUAAUGAGCGUAACAGAGUAAUCCAAGAGCGGUUUCAACAUUCAGGUGAAACCAUAAGCCGGCAUUUCAAUAAUGUGUUGAAGGCAAUUAAGUCACUUUCACGUGAAUUCCUGCAACCACCACCUAUCACAACUCCGACAGAAAUUCUCUGUAAUAGUCGGUUUUACCCAUAUUUUAAGGAUUGUAUUGGAGUCAUAGAUGGAAUGCAUAUCCCUGCACAUGUACCAGCUAAAGACCAAUCUCGAUUUCGUAAUAGGAAAGGUGUUUUAUCUCAAAAUGUUUUGGCAGCAUGCACAUUUGACUUGCAGUUUAUAUUUAUUUAUCCAGGUUGGGAGGGCUCUGCUGUGGAUUCACGCGUAUUAAGAGCAGUCCUUGAUGAUCCAGAUCAGAAUUUCCCACAUAUACCUGAAGGAAAAUAUUAUCUAGUUGACACAGGUUACUCAAAUAUGGAAGGAUUUAUUGCUCCGUAUCUAGGAGUUCGUUAUCACCUUCAUGAAUUUAGAGGUGCUAAUCAGUUGCCUACAAAUGCAGGGGAACUAUUCAAUCACCGACAUUCAUCUCUUAGGAAUGUCAUCCAGAGGUCUUUCAGUGUGCUGAAAACUCGAUUUCCCAUCCUCAAACCCCUCAAUAUGGAUUUCAUAUCCAAAGGGAUAUAGUACUUGCUGCAUGUGUUUUACAUAAUUACAUCCGACGCGAGGAAAGAAAUGAUUGGUUGUUUGCUAGUAUUGAUGGGGAAGCAGUGCAAGAACUGCCUGAUUUUGAUGAUCAACCUGAAAUGCAGGUGGCUUCUUCCAUUCAGCGGCAAAUUGCUUUCUCAUUGCGAGAGUCAAUAGCAGCAGCAAUGUGGAAUGACUUCAUAAACAAAUGGGAUGAGUGGUGAUUGGAGCAUUAAUCUUAGAAGGUGGUAAACAUAUUCCUAUCAUAAUAUCUGUGCUUAUUGUUGCUGUGGGAGAAGUUGAUUAAAUGCAACUCUAUAGGAUUGUAGAGCCUUUGUCCGACUUUGUAUGACAAGCAAUCAUUGGUUUUUAUUUUACUUCCCAUUUGGCAACAGUAUGUUGUGGAGUCGAUCCAUAUUUGAACCAUGAUAUGAUAAUAGCGUAGUUGCUUUAGUGAUGA